AUGACGAGCCAGAGUCUUGCGGAUCAGCUGGCGUCACUCCAGGAGACUGCCGAGAACAACGGCGUUACUGUCGAUGCCGAGGCGGUGACGGCGACGGCCGCCGAGCUGCGGUCUGCUGUUGAUGCGGUGGUGGCGGCGCAGCGCGGCGAUGGCGGCGCAGAUGCAGAGGCAAUGGCAGGGGCAGGGACAGAAGCAGAUUCUGGUGAUGGUGUUCCGCUCAUUGUGGGACGCGCGCUGCGGUUCCCGCUCAAGUUUGAGUCUGCAGCGAGCCACGCCAACUUUGUGGCGCUCGCCGCGGCGCUGACCUUCAAGCCGGAGCACGUGGCUGACGUGGAGGCUGCUUCUGGACGUGAUGCCGAGGACGUUGCAGCUUUUGGGCUCAUGGGCUUGUACCUUACUCGGCCUGAGCUCGACGCCGGCUUUCUGGCGCAGCUCUCGCGGCUCGAUCUCUCGCAAGCGUACGGCAUUCCCGAGUUUGCCGAGACCGCCGUGAGCCCGGGUGUGUACGAGCAGGUCGACGCUCCAACCAAGUUUGCGCUCUGUGCCAUGCAGAAUCUCUGCCGCGAGAUUGGUUCUGCUUGCGAGCGCGCUGGUGUGGCCUCGCUCGGCGAGCUGGUCAUCGGCCACGUUGCGGCAGAUACCGCCGCAGCUGCGGUCGACGGCCUCGCGGCCGCCCUGCCCAGUCGGCUUGUCCGAGAUGACGUGGUAGGAGGGUACGCCAACGUUGCGCUCGCGCGGCGGAUCAUCUUUGCGCUCGCGGCGUUUGGUCACGCGCUGGCCAUUGCGCCGGGCCACGCCGCGCCGGCCUUUGCCGAGCUCGGCGCUGCUUUUGACGGCUACCCUGACGGUGCCGAGCUCGCCGACGCGCUCGGCUUUCCCGACAUGCCACAGCUGGACGGAUACAUUGAUGCGCGGCGUCUUGCGACGCUCCGCAAGCGCGGCAUCGUCACUGGAGCCGGCGAUGAUGAGGCCGCGCUCGCGGCAGGCCUCCUGGGCAUGCACGCGCUGCGCAAAGCGCUCGGCGUUGAGCCGUGGAUAUUUGAGCAUGUUGUCGACCGCAUUCUGUGA